AUGUCUUUUGAAAUCAAUUGGGAAGACGUCGGGGAAGACCCCGUUAUCAACAACUCUAUCAAGGCCUUCCUCAACUCUCAAUUGCAAGCCAUCGCUUUACCCAGUUAUGUCAACAGCUUACAGGUUACCGACUUUCGUCUGGGACAUAUACCACCGAAAAUAACUUUGCGGGAGAUCACAGAUCCUCUCAGCGAGUUUUAUGAGCAUGUUGCUGAAGAAGAAGAACGAACGAAGUCAAAAGAGCAUUCCCAAGACGGUGGGGAUGACGAAAACUCAUCGAAUGACGAACCAAACAAAAAUAAUGCUGAAUCUGAUCCCAAGACCAGGAGGAAUCAAAGCGACUUGCAGUUUUUGGUAGAGGUCGAUUACAAAGGCGAUAUGGCUAUCGACGUUAAUGCAGAACUAGCACUUAACUAUCCAAGUCCGUCUUUCAUGAGUCUCCCGGUGAAACUGUCAAUAACGGAUCUGGGCGUGCAUGUACUGUGUUUGGUGGCGUAUUUGUCGAAACAGAUGUUUAUCAGCUUUUUGUGCGAUGUAGCAGACCCUAUUUUGGACGCAAGAGAGUCUACCAUCGACUCAGGAAGCUCGGUGUUUCUGGGCAAAAAAUCACUAGAAAGAAUCUCUCUGAUUCGGAGCAUCAAGAUCGAAAGUGAAAUAGGUGAACAGAACAAUGUGGAAGGUUCUGUACUGCGAAGUGUGGGGAAACUCGAACAGUUUUUACUGGAGAUUUUUAAGACCAUUGUAACGGUCGAAGCAGCAUGGCCCAGCUGGAUCAAUCUGGAUUUCAACGAGGAGGAAAGCGACGAGGAAGACUGA